CUGCAUCUCACGCUGUUGAUAUUGAGUAAGUACAUCAGCAGGCAGUGAUGUUCCUGACCGCCACCACCAUAUUGGCAGGGGUCAUUCUGUUCCUGCCCCACCCCUCCCUCCAGUCAUGCAUCUCUGGCACAAGAGAGCGCUGCCAAGGGGCAGAAAUUGCCCCGGGGUCAUCCCUAGCUGGUGAAGGUUUUGAUAUUACCACAAUGGAACGCAAGGGAGCUUUUGUUAUCGACAUGGACACCUUUGAAACUCCAAACAAAACCUGCACCCUCUGUGCAAACACCAACCGUGGAGGGAAAAUGCAGAAAAUUCCUACAUCUGUCAUUAACUGGAGGCCUAUUAAUAAAUGUAGCGUAGCAAUCAAGAGCGAACUACUGGAAUCUGCCUUGUCAGUGGCUAAUCAUGCUAGCAAGAGUGUGAAGAACAACUGGAGGAUUGAUCUAGGUUUGAGUAAGGGAGGGUAUGGAGGUUCACUAGCCCUUUCUGGAACACACGCAAAAAUGACCAGAACCGCCAUGACGAAGAGUAAACAAGACCGUUUCAACUUUGUGAGUCACUCAGUACAGUGUGGAGUUUACAGAUACAUGACCUCAAACAAUCCAAACUUGAAUCAAGAUUUCAAACGAGCCGUGGAAAAGCUCCCGCAGAUCUACAGCCCAAGUAACAAAGUGGCGUAUGAUGCUUUCAUUGACACAUAUGGCACUCACUUCAUAAAAAAGGUAAAGACUGGUGGCAAAGUAGUAUCAAUGACCAGUAUCAGGGAGUGCAAGGCCUCCAUGAUGGGCUUGAGCUCCGAUGAGGUGAAGAUGUGCCUCGGUGCUGAAGUUGCUGGAAAAAUCCCAUACAAGGUUGACAUUGACCUUCGUGCAGAAAUGAAGUUCUGUAACGGGAAGAAAGAGAAAGUGCAGGGGACACGAAGCUUCUCGAAUGUCUUUCAUGACAGGAUCACAGAAAUCUCCGGUGGGCAAACAACAGAGGGUGAGCUCCUUUUCUCUGCAGAUGGAGAUAAAACUGCUUACAACAAGUGGCUUGCAUCCCUGCCAGUGAGCCCAGAUGUGAUCUCCUACACGCUGAAGCCCCUUCACCAGCUGAUUCCAGAUGGAAAGUUGAAGAGAGAGCUGAAACAAGCCAUCAAAGACUACAUCCUCAGCAGGGGCGCCAUGAGGGAAUGCUCUGGCCACUGCAGCCUUGGGAGGAGAACCAAGCCGAGGUCCUGUGAAUGCCACUGUCAAUCUCACAAGGGGCUAGGAACCAACUGUUGUCCAACGCGCAGUGGCUUAGCCAUGGUUGAUUUGACUAUUAUUAGGGGACAAGGUCUGUAUGGGGACACUCUCUCUGGUACUGAUGGGUAUGUGAAGAUCUUUGAUGAGAAUAAAAUACUGCUUGGCAAGACACCCAUGAUUCAGGACAAUAACAAUCCUUACUGGAACUGGGAACUAAACAUUGGUGACAUGCUGCUGUCUGCUAACAGCAAAUUAGAGAUCGAAGUGUGGGAUGAAGACGACAAGUAUGAUGACCUCCUUGGAACGUGCUUUGCAAAACUUCAGUCGGGGGGUGACCAAGGUGAGAGGGUCUGCGCUCUUAAUUAUGGGAUGGUGUUCUACAAGCUGAAGGUGACCUGUGGUCCGAGUCUGAGUGGCCCAUCCUGCACUACAUAUGAAGAAUCUCCCAUGGACAGUCUGUUGGAGAAGCUGUAUGUCUCUCGUCAUGCUCGUCCCAUUCCAAAGCGCAUGCUUUCCCAAAUGGGACUGCGGUUGGAUGGGCACGCAUUCAAUUACACGCUUACGGAUCACAGCUCAGUUCUGAAUGGAGAUAAGGCUGACUUUCUCUAAGUUCAAUUAAAAAUGUUUCAGGAUUCCCUCCUGUCAAAGCAGCUAGUUUGUUUCGCUGGUCAAAGUGUUGGUCUUAUGCAAUUAGACUGAUCCACAGGCUUACUGACCAGUUAUAUGUGUGCUAUCAGCAAGAAAUUAAAAUGAAAAAUAUAAAAAAAAGAAAAUAUAUAACAUUU